AAACCAAAAGUAAACAGCAGCAGCCAGUCCGAUCCGAGUCAUCAUCGGCCAUCAUCAAUUGUCAAUUUCCUGACGACGAAGUUAUUCUGUAACCCUGCCGCUCGUUAUUUUCCAAUUUUGCUUUUCAUUUUCGUAAUUCCGGAUACAAUUCGAGUGAGUUAUUAUUUCAAUGGCUUCAUUACGUAAAAAAUUGGUCAUCGUGGGUGACGGUGCUUGUGGUAAAACGUGUCUUCUCAUUGUGUUCAGCAAAGAUCAAUUUCCCGAAGUUUAUGUACCCACUGUGUUUGAGAAUUAUGUAGCCGAUAUAGAAGUCGACGGAAAACAAGUGGAACUGGCGUUAUGGGAUACCGCUGGGCAAGAAGAUUACGAUCGUUUGCGGCCCUUAUCUUAUCCCGAUACCGAUGUUAUAUUGAUGUGCUUCUCCAUUGACUCGCCCGACUCAUUGGAGAACAUUCCUGAGAAGUGGACUCCUGAAGUCAAACACUUCUGUCCGAAUGUUCCAAUCAUCCUUGUGGGUAACAAGAAAGAUCUUAGAAACGACCCUGUCACCAUUAAAGAAUUGGGGAAAAUGAAGCAAGAGCCGGUGCGGCCAGAAGAAGGUAGAGGCAUGGCAGAAAAAAUAAACGCGUUCGCCUAUUUGGAAUGUUCAGCCAAAAGCAAAGAAGGCGUUCGAGAAGUGUUUGAAACUGCAACCCGAGCAGCGCUCCAGGUCAAAAAGAAGAAGAAAGGCAAGUGCAGGAUUCUAUAAUUUUGUUUUUACACUUAAGGGUCAAUAUAGUCACCUUCGACAGAGUUGUAUCUAUGUCUUCAGUCUACAGCACGAUAGUCUUUUUCAAGGAACUGUACCCACAACACUCGUGUCUAAACUGUUUGCUAAGUGUAUUUUAUAGUAAUUUUUGCAUUUUAUGCCGUUUAAUUCUUCAGAACCUUAGUUUUGUACUAAAUUCUGUAAUUAUAUAAAGCCUACCUUCUCCGUUGUUGAGAAUCGUUUGUAGCUACUGUUAUAAAUUUCUUAGUGGAUUUCAAAAGUCAGAUUGUUGUAUCCUUUGAUCCAAAGAAUGUCCCUCUGAGCCAUUUUUUCAUCUCAAUAAACACCUGUAGGGUUCGAAGGGUUUUGGAUUUGAAAGUGAAGUUUUGACGAACUGAGGAGUGCGUUCAACACCAAUAAAAUUUCCACCUGUUUAUCAAAAAGGAGGAAACUUUGCACAGGUUAUUGUUGCCAUAAAGUUGAUAAAAUGAGAAUUUUGACUUAAUACAUUCACUUGAUGCAUAACAGGUAUGCAAGUCGACGGUGUAAGUUGGCAAUCACAUAACUCGGUUUGCGACGUCGCAGACUUCUUGUCAUACUUUAUUUUUUAAAGGAAAACUACUCAACAGCAAUUCUUUUAAACCGCCGCAAUCUUUUCUUCUCUGUGCAAAGAAAAUUCUGCAUAUUCUUCAAGGAAUGAUGUCCAUUUGUUCACCUUUAAAAAAAUAACAUGUAGGCGGAGAUUCUCAGACACCGCAAACGAGAUAUGUGAUUGCGGACUUACGCCGUCGAAGUGCAUUUUCGCUUUUAAUCCAAGGAAAGAACUCAAUGUAUUUUAAAUUCAUGCCAGAUACCUAAAUCCCAUGUUUUCCAUAAUCUUCUUGUGCUAGGAGAUAAAAUUAGAUUACUCACUCGGAGUGAGGAUUACCUAAAACUCAGUGUUGAAUUGGGAUGCUUGUCAGCGAAGACAAGCUAAGAUAUAUUUAAGGGUGAAAAAAAAUCUAUUUAUAACAACUAUCAACAUUCUACUGGCAAUUAAUGCUGUUUGUAGAGGCAUUAUCAAUGGCGUGACCAAGAAGUAAUGCAUUUUUGUAUCAUGCGCAUCUCACAAUGAUUGCACUUGCUUUACUUACCCAUCCAAUCUGUGAAAAUUUAUCACAUGUUUCGCUACCUCGUCUGAAAGGAAUUCCUAGUAGGUCGAUGAUAUUCCCUAAGAACUUCUGUCUAAAAGAAACACUUUAUUUUUUGGUGAAGAAAACUUCUUUGUCCUCAAAUUUGUGUUUUUCCAACUUCCUCACUAUUAUGGUAAAUUUUAAACUACAUUGUCAGUGAUCCCUCCAAGUGAACAACGAUUAACUGCACUAAACAGGUAUCUUAACCUUUCUAAACUGACAAUGACAUCAAGAAGAGUCAAAACCAAAAUCCCAUGUGACCACUUGGGUGUUGCUCUAUCGAUGAUGAUCUAUGUAAUUUAAUUAGAUGAAAGUUUUUCUCACUGUCACAGCGUAAUUUGUAUUAGAUCCCGAUGAUUUUAUAAAAAAUCUAAUCUUCACUGGAUAAUUGAUAUGCAAUGGGACAUGAAUAAAUGGCUCUGGAGGUUCUCAUGCUUAUUAGGUUUUACACCUCAAUCUUUAACUCCUAGUUUGUUCAUAUUUCUUGUGAUGAAUUUUGGAUUUGAAACUGUCAAGGGUCCAAUUUUUUGAACUGAUCGAACUGGUCCAAUUUACUUUGAAUUGAUUAAGGUCUCAUAGACAUGGCUUGGAAUAAACUUUUACAAAUCGGAGAAAUUCAAAAUGCCUUUUUAAAUUUUUGUUAAUUGCUAUAUAUUUUAUUCUUAUGCCUUAUCUUUUAAUUGUGGACUUUUUUACUCAUUAGCCUGUUACUGUAGGAAUGUAAUGAUGAUCACAUGCUGUAUCCUAAUUUUAGCAGUUUUUAUCUUCUUUAUUUUUGGUUUGUUUUUUGUUUCUAAAGAGAUUUAUCCUUUAUUUUACUUAAUUUAUUAUAAGUUUUUUCCCUCUUCAAUCAACAAACUAAAAAUCAGCUUAGCAUUGUUGGAACAUUUUUCAAGACGUAUCAAUGCUAUUUCGUCUUCAUCUCCCAUUACUUAAUACUUUUUACUCUCAAUAUAUUCUAAUACCUAACUCCUUAAUGCAUUGACUUUGAGCUCAUUGUAGCUUAACUGAUGGAAGGACCAAAGCAUGUACAUUUUGAUGGCAUAAAAUUCUUUUUCAGUCACUAUUCCAUGAAAUUCUGUGUUUUAGCUCUUUCAUAACUUGAUAUUUCCUUACCAACCUAUCUGUAAAAAAGGUACGCUUUAACCCCAAUAGCCUGCAUAGGUAUUUCCUCCAUUUCCAGUUUCUUAAGCCAAUGCCAAUAUCCAGUUAACUAAUAAAUUUUUAUUUAAAUAUAGCAUCAGAGACUCAGGUGGGCUGUUUUCCAUCAUCUAUUUUUCUACUUUGCUUUGACUGCCAAUUACCUACUGAAUCAAUAAUUCUGACUGAUACUGCAUGGUUGAAUUGUACUUUCUUUUAUCUAUCAGCUUAGUCAAUUUCAAAUAAAAAAAAAAAAAAAAUUGUAUCGUUACUGAACUCCCCUCUAAGUAGGUCUGUUCUUAGUAAAACUCCCAAAUGGCGUAUCUCGUUUGCGAUGUUUUAUCUGCUCUCAUUGUAUUCUUUUGAAAGAGAGCAAAUCAACAUCAUUCCUUAAAAUUUUCAAAAAAAUUUCUCGGCACAGAAAAGAAAAAGCAAGAAGGUUUCAGUGAAUUGACAUUGAGUAGUUUUCCCUAAAAGUAAAUUAUCAUAGGAAGUUUGCAAAUUUGCAAACCAUGAUACGUGUUUUGGGAGUCUCAUUGACUAAGUGCCUCCACCCUAAAAAUCACCAAUAGAAGUGAAACUUCAUUCAUAAAUAAUGCCGCGUCAAUAUCUGGAAUUUUUGACCUUGAUCCUACUGGGCAUGUUGGACCAGACUAACUUCCUUCCCCCUUGUGUUUGAUGUAAAUAAUGAACAGCCUCCAAGUCAUACUCAAAAGUUAAAUAACCACUCAUCAAACGCUGCUUGUGUUGUGAAAAAGAUCUUAUUUCUUGUUUUCAUUUUAUUACUGAACUGAGAGCGAUUCAUCUCAUUACCUACUAGAACUACCUCAUGUAUGAUUGCUUGAGCUCUAAGAAGCAACUUAAUAAUAACCUAUUUAUUUUUAUAUGAGUGCUCCACAGGAAUUUACCUACAGGUCCAGUUUUUCAAUUACUCACACCACAUCAGCUCAAAGUAGUCUAAUUCCAGUGUCUCUAUUUCCCUAGCUUGUAACAGAUCUUUGUAUCAAUUUUUUAACUGCAACGCCUUUUUUUAAAUAUCUUUACAACUUUAGCUACGUUCUACAUCCGCAAAUACAGUAAUCUAUGCAAGAUCUUAAAUUAAAGGAAACGUUAGUACAUAAUAGGUACCCCUGCAAAACCUCCACCAAAAAUUCUGUAGGUAUUCGUUUUGUCUAAUUUAUUUGUCAAAGCUCUCGUAUUUUGGUAAAUAUUUUCCCCUUGAACUUGAUUUGUUUGUCUGCAUCUUAAUUUUAAAGAUUAGGCAUAUGUAAGAAAUUGCGGCUCAAAUAAUUGGCAACUUCUUCUGAAAACAAUUUCCCAAGUAAUAUCGGAAAUAUGCCAGCAAGAGCAGAGUGUCACGCAUCAGUGCAAGUUCUCAGUUCCCUUUGCCCAAUCAGUCAUAUUCAAUUUCAUCUAUUUAAUCAAUGAUUCGCCGCACUACUAGUGUGAUAGGUGUUUUUGUAUUCUUUUAUGAAGUAUCAAGCAAGUUUAAGUUUUAAGACUGAAUCUUUAUAACUUCUUCAAGUAACUUUUUCAGAGAUUUUUAUUCCUAUAAAUAUUCGGUGUAAAAUUAUUAGGUAUUGUAAGGAGGUAUUAAAGUCAAUUUUUUUUUGUUGCACAAUUGAUAUCUAUCACCUAUGUAGACAAAUUUUUUAUCUCAAUUCUUUUUCUGCAGGAGCAACAAGAUCCGAGCAGUAUUUUAUUGCCUAAUACUUGGAGUCUUUUUCAUUCAAUUAUUAGACUUUCAUUCUCUUCGUAUUUGUAUUUUUUAAGUAGGUAUAUUGAAGUCAAUUAUACUUGUGUACCAAUUCUGAACUUAAAACUAAAAUUUAAAUGGAAAAUACCUUUACUUUUAAAUUUAGUACUAUUAUUUCAAGGGAAAGUACCUCCAUGUUUGAACUCAACUCUAUGUAAAGGGAAAGUACCUCAUACCUCUGUCUGGCUGAAAUGCAUCUCCAAAAGGUCACACAACUCCUCUUCAGAAGAGAUGGAUCUUCCUUCAUUAAAUAUUACCUAUCUUCUAUAGUUAAUUCCCAAUAACUUUUUUUAGAGACUCUAAUUGAGCUUCUUUAAUAACUUUUAAUGCUUGUAUUUUUGAAAACCUAAUAUAUAAGGUACACAUGGUUAACAAUAAUUUCCCCUGACUUUUUUUAACAAUAUUAACCCACAAAAAACGAUUCCGAACUUGGAUAUUUUGAGCUCUCAUUCAAAUGCGAGAUGCCGGGUCAUCAAAGAUGGCGGCUGCACAGGUAGGUUGGCUUGACAGUCGGACCGAUCUGCGAGACCACCAUCUUAGAUGACUUGGCAUCACGCAUUAAAUGGGAGCUCAAAAUAUGCAAAUUCGAACUCGUUUUUUUGGGGGGGUUAAUAUUGUUCAAAAAAAUCGAUGAAAAUUCCUGUAAACUUUGUGCACUCUGUAGUUUUCAAAAAUCUAAGAAUUAAAAAUGAAUGAACAAGCCCAUCAUCAUUACAGCUUCUUGCGCUUUAUUCCCGAAGCACAAUCAAUGCUGCUAAGAGCACUGAAAGACUUAGCUCUGAUUCAUUGUUCUUUACCUUCAGUCUCCUUUCCUUUUUCUGGAAAAAUAAAUGCAGCUUAGUUGUAGACUUCUUCUAGGGUGUACCACAAGCUACCAAGCUGCCUUGUAUUUUUUAAAACCUAGUAUCAUUUGUGUAAGAAACUUAAUGAAUUAGAAUUUGUAAGGAAAAAACCACAUGAGUAUUUUUAUAAUAGGUACUUAUCCCUCAUUGAGUUUGAGUUAUGUCUGCAACUCCUUGUUACUUACUUAAUACUUUUCAUUGCUCUGCAUGUAUCAAUGGAAGGGACUAUAUAUUGUACAAUGAAUCAACCGGUUCUCAAUAUAGCUGAUCCCUUCGGAUUUUUUUUACCAGCACUCUCUUUUACUCAACCAUAGGAAAUUAAUUCAAAGUGGAAAGCAAAACUGCAGCAGGUAACUGUCCUUUCAGCUCUAAGACUGAAAAGAAUAUCCAUUCAUUUUUCAUUAUUUAGAAAAUACAAUCCUACAUUAAUUUUUAUAAGUAUUUAGUUAUUCCUCUGUAUUAAGAAACCAAAAACGUUUUAGUAAAAACAAGAAAAGAAAAAAUAUGAAGAAAAUAUUUUAUGGAAGAAUGUAUUCAUCCUCAAUUUAUAUGAUGCUUUGUCUUCCUGAACCCAAUUUUAUUUUUCUGCUUAUAUUCAUUUUUUCUUUCUUUUUCAAUUAUUAUCUUUUUGACAACUGUAAUUAUAUUUUUUACUGCUAUGCUAAUUGUAAAUUAUAAGUCAAGUAUGAUCAUUA